UACAUUAGCAAUCAUAUUUCCAAGGGUAAUCAAGAUGCCUGCCUCUGAGCUUGGAUGGCCAGUCUCCAGGACUCCUGUGUUCCAGGUUUUUGGGGUGAAACGGAAAUCCAACUUUGACGAAAAUAAUUGCAGCCACACUGGUCCACAUGAAAGCCAAGAACAGCUUGGUAAUGGUGCUAAAAGACCCUGUUUCCACUCAGAUCUUGAAGUGAACCACAACCAUAUACCACCAAUUCAGCAACAGCCUUUUCAUGAACAGCAAUCACAGCACCAUAUUCAGCAACAGCCUCAUCAUGACAGUCACCAACAGUUACAGAGCAACCCAGUGCAACAUCAACAUCAUCAACAGGUGCCAGGACACUUAAUGCAAGAUGUACAUGCGUCGUCACCAUGGCAAACUCAUGGACAUCAGGAAUCUCAUGUCUCGCAUCAUGUACAGAACACACACAUAAUGGAUAUCAACGAAGAGACAUAUAGUUCCCCACCUGACUCCACCUCUACAGAUGCUCAUAUGGCUAUGGAUGAUGACUGUGUACCAGAUCCUGGUCAGUACUCAACUCCUAGCAGCAAUGACCCCCAGACUCCUACACCCAGGGGGAGCGGCCAGGGGUACCACUCUCAAUAUUGCAGUUCUGGUGAUGUCAGCCCAACAAACAGUCGUGUGAAAUGCUACUGUCGGCCAUCUUGGGAGGGGAUCUCGGGCUUGAAGCCUUGUUUUGUUUCUGACUACUACUGAAUCCUGAUCUCCAAUUAUGAUGAUAUAUAGAAGGGUAGAAUCAUUACAUUACCUCAAGUGUGAUGUCAGAUCUCUCAAAAUGAAUGACAUUAGAUCUCUAAAAUUUGACAUCAGAUCUGAAAAAUCUGACAUCAGGACAGAAACCAGUGAAUACAGUACUGACUUUAUAUUUAAGAAAGCCACCCACCAACUCGUCAAGAAUAUCCUAUCGCUAGAAUAGUUAUAUUCUAUGAAUAUGCAUCAGUCCUAGAUAUGUGUUUUAUGUGCACAAAUAUUAGGAAAUCUUUCAAUACACAGACUGGACAAGAUGUCAUUUACCAGAAACUUGAUGUCAAUGACCAAUAGAUAUCAGUGGAAUUUGUGAAUGUUAUUAUUAUUGUAUGUAAAAGUGCCUUGUUGAAAUGAUAUACACUGAUAUACAACCAGGUCCUAUUAUACAUUGUCGCAUUUAUACUUUAAGAAUCGAAGAACUAAAGGUACUUAUGAACACAUGUUGUACUGAAUAUACUCUUAGUGUCAGCUAGAAUCACAUUAAGAAAGGAGAAACUUACCAUAAAUCAAUUUCCAUAUCUCUAAUGGGAUUUACCAUACAACAUGUGCGCACUAUGAGUGGUAUUGUAUUCUAAGUGGAUGUUAACAUUGUUUCCAGUGUAUUUCUAGACUUUCUAGAUUGCAUUGAAGAGCUUUAAGACCAUAAUGACUAGGAAGAAUAGAAUGUAGAUUAUAGGAGGAUAUCAAAUUUUUGCAUCUUUGACUCAAAAUUUCCGUAAAUUCAGAGAAUAUUUCUCUCAUAUGUGUUAGUAUAGAUUAGUAUGUUUAGUAUGGAUUAGUAUGUUAAGUAUGUUACUGUUGAUAUUUGUUGUAUGA